AAAUUCUAAAGAUCGAUGGACAACGGAAAGAAUCCAAUCAAAGAGGAAGAAAAGGUUUUAUCAUUGGGAAAGAAGGCAAUCAAAGAGGAAAAGAAUGUUUUUUCCUGGGGAAAGAAUUAUGAGCCUAAGGUUGCCUCCUCAUCAUCAAAGUCUCAAGUGAAGUUGGAAACUGUAUCUCAACAAUCAGACUCAUACUCAGCAGAAGCGACAAUAGUUUUGGGUGAAAUGGAGGAGUCUGAUGAUGAGGACGGCGACUUCAUUUUAAAACUCUUAACGACCGAUUAUGUUGAUGCUUCGCCAGCAGCGACCAAAAGCUCUCCGGUUGCACCGACAUCAAAUCCUGCACCAGUGACAGUAGCACAGGCUGACAAGGCUACGAAGCAAGUUGCCCUACGAACAGUUGUCUUAACCCCGCCCGCACGAGCACCAGCUUCCAUAGCCAAGCCAUUUGAAAUCAGGAAAGCCAUGCCUCCUCAAGAGCUUGAAAACCUAGCAAAAACUGACCCGAAGAGGGCAACAAGGAUUAUCAAAAAUCGAAGGUCAGCUAUAAGGGCUAAGGAGAGGAAGAAGCUGUAUACAUACACGCUCCAACAUGAGCUACAAAAGUUGAAAUCUCGAGCUGCUCAAUCAUCAAUUCAAUUGACCUUAUUGGGGACACAGCAUAAUGCCUUGAUUGAUGAAAAUUCCAAACUGAAAGAUCGAGUCCACUUCGUUAAGCGAAUGAUUGCCCUGCAAGAGUCAAAAACUGAUGAAACCAGACAGGAGAUUCAGUUUUACAAACUUUUACUGGCUAGACAAAUGCGUGGUGCAGUUGAUGGAAACAGGAUCAGCUUUAGUGCACCUUCUGCUAACGUUAACGCCCAGCACCAUGCUGUGAGUCCAUCCUCGGCAGCUCAACAAGGCCUGAAUUUACCAAGUCAGACCACCCAUGUGCACCAGCGACUGCAGCAUGAUUCUCAACAGCCUCGAGAUGGACAACGUCCCAAUCAAGUUCGCCAGCCAUAGCAUUAGAAUUACUAUCCAACGCACAGUGAGUGGCUGUGGCCUCGACAUGUUCGAGUAUAGCAGCUACUGUCAAACCAACCACACAGCAACCUUGUAAACAU